AAGGAAAAAAAAGAAAAGAAAAAAGAGAUAGAAAAGAAGUGCUUUGAAUUUCUAAGAUCCGAAAUUGUAUUGCAGACAAUCGAGUAGAAAGCUCCGAUUCCGACAACAACUCCAGCUUCAAGCUACAUCUCGUAAAUGGCUGGUAAAGCUCAAAUUCCUACCAAGAACUCGGCGCUUAUUUCUAUGAUUGCCGAUGAGGAUACGGUGGUUGGAUUUCUUCUUGCUGGAGUUGGUAAUGUUGACCUACGAAGAAAAACUAAUUACCUUAUAGUCGACUCAAAGACGACCGUCAAACAAAUCGAAGAUGCUUUCAAAGAGUUCACUACAAGGGAGGAUAUUGCAAUAGUGAUGAUCAGUCAAUAUGUUGCAAACAUGAUUAGGUUUCUGGUAGAUAGCUAUAACAAGCCAAUUCCUGCAAUAUUGGAGAUUCCAUCCAAGGAUCAUCCAUAUGACCCUGCUCAUGAUUCAAUUCUUUCGCGUGUAAAGAACCUGUUUUCUACCGAAUCGGUGGCGUCUGGGAGGCGUUAAAAAGAUAUUGUAACUUAUGUCCCAACUCUUUUCGAAGUCAUCCACCGUUAUGCUGCUCUUGGUGUUCCCUUCUUUCUGCCCUGAAUUUUAAUUUGUAAUGAUUCUAUUCAUAUCGAUCACUCGAAUAAAACUCGAAAAAUACAUGGCAACAGAGGAGCUUGUGGAUGUCUAAGCACCUUAGAAUGCCAUUGUUUUCUUGUACCUGAAUUACAUUUGAUACUGUAACUCGAGGCAUUACAUCUGCAUGCAUCUGAAUGCGUUCUUGGUGCAUGUUUGGCAAAAACCAAUUGCCUCCAUG